AUUUACUUUAGUUAUUUAGUAUAUUCCUAGGCCUUUACUUGUUCGGAUCAGUAAACACACUUUAUUUUAUUAUUUUGUUUAACGUAUAAUCAAAUUUCUUGAUUACAAGUAUGACUUUCACUUAUAAAGAGCUAAUUGAUGUGGCCAUUGGUUCACCCGAAUCGGGACAUGUAAACUUUUAUGCUUUACAUGUUUUGCUCACCUGUUUUGGCCAAAGAUUGGAUGUCCUGGAUGAGGUUGUCGAGCAGGAUGAUUAUAUGACGGCCAAUGUGAGACUGCAGAGCAGUAAAUUAACCUUGCCAAAAUCCUCCAAAUUCCGUCUAUUUGGUGGCGCUGAUGUCGAGGAAGAACCUGCCGAAGAGCCUGUGGCAGAGCCUCCACCCGAGCAGGCACCAGAAGCAGCUGCUCCUGAGGAGGCACCACCAGCUCCUCCAGCAGAAGAAUCUGCCCCACCAGAAGCUCUCGAAGCACAGCCAGAGCCUGAGGCAGUGGCUCCAGAGCCUGAAGCUCCAGCAGAUACUGUUCCUGCACCGGAAGAAGCUCCAGAACCAGAACCGGAAACAGAAGCUCCACCAGAGUCAGAAGCACAACCUGAAGUACAACCCGAACCCGAACCGGAACCGGAAGUGCAACUAGAACCAGCACCCCAACCCGAACCCGAACCGGAACCGGAACCCGAACCCGCACCAGCAGCUGUAUCUCCCACAGGAUCCUUACAGGCAUCUGCUCACAGCACCAAGCCGGGAACUCGAACUGCAUCCUCUGAGAAACUCGAAAUGAAAUCGGAAAGGGUAUCCCCAGUAGUCUCUGCCCAACCAUCGACCGGUGUGCCAAGAGCCGAUGGAUCUCUGGUCAGUAAUGUCCAUCGUUUGGAGAGACGUGUGUCCAAAAUGGAGAUGCAAAAGGAAAUGGCUCACACGGAAUUAAAUAAAUUUGUGGCGAAUCUCACGGGACAGAUGAAGAUCACCAUGGAGCAGGUGAAUAAUGUGACCCAUUUGUUGAUCGAUCGCAAACCGAAUCCGGCAAGGAUCAAGGAUCUUCGCAAUAUUGCCAAGCAACUAAGAGUGUUAAUGGCAACCACUGGCGAUGAGGUAUCCGUGAGUUGGACAAGUGAAGAUGUUGGUGGCGGUGGCGAUGAAGGAGAGGCCAUAGCCGAAGAGGAACACAUAAAGGAAUCUUCCACGGAAGUGUCCUCGGAGAAACCGGAAGAGGAUAAGCAUAUGGGUUUGGAGCCAGUUGUUUGUUAUUCUCCCGAUCGAAUUCUCACAGAGUUACUAGAACUCAAGUCACAAUUCUGUGAGAUGUCCGUCAAGAUGAAUGACUUUGGGGCUGCCCUAACGAAGCAGGACUCUCAGAGAGUGAUGGAUUUGAUUAGGGAUCUUCAGGAUUCAAUUCGUGAUAUCAGAAUCUUUAUGACCGCCACUCGAGAAACUGGUAAUACUGUAGCAUCUCGGCUGAAUGAUGCAUUCUCGGAAAUAGCGGCCUUGAAAAAAUUUACAGAACAUUUGGAUUUGGUCAAGAGUGCCAAGGUGGAGCGUGAGCUCCUCCUAGCCGGUAAGGUGGACUUUAAGCAAUUGGCCACCAAGUUGUCCUUGGAGCAAAUGGAGGAGUACAAGGCAAGAAUGGAGAAGACAUUGUGCGAGGUUCGGCACAUUAUCAAUCGGAAUGAGAAGAAUGUCCUUCAGAUUAUUGAUAAUCUACGGAAUACCAUGGGCAUUGAAUCCUUGGAGCUGGGUCUCAAGGAUUUCCGUGAAAUAGUCGACAAGAGAGUCCAAAUGAUUGCCGAGGCUCUGCAAAAGUACAUGGAGAUGACCAAUGAUGAUUGUGCCGCUGCAGCCGGCAGGGUGAAGGUGAUGCAGGAUCUAUCCUGCCUGUCCUGUGACACCACCUGUGUAAUGCGCACCGUGGAACGCUCCAAGGUGCCAUCUCUGCCAAAUGCCAAGAGCUCCUCCGGUUUGGCACCCAUUGUCACCUACGAAUUGGGUCAGAUUCGUAAGUCUGGCAUUAUGGGUUACUAUCGCAAGGACGAGCAUCCACAUUCGACAAGUGCCUGGACCAAGGGAAAUGGUAUACCCAUGAUCAAGUGCACCCAAAGGCAUGCAGGUGGAAGGCAUACCACACACACGGCUGAUGACCACAUGCAGAAGGUUGUGCUCUCCAAACAGAAUACGGGUUGGAAGUAGGUGUACAGAUAUAUAUAUAAAUUUAAUCAGAUGUAUAAUCAGAUCGUUAUUCUAUGUAGCUUGUCAAAAUUAUACAGAUUGUAAGGAA